UCAGCCAGCACACGUGGGCCUUCAGGACAGCUCUGGGGAAAGCUUCCGGCGAUGGCCGGGGUCCGCAAGCUGGCGCUGGAGGAGUCCCUGGCGCUGGGGCCUAACUGGCGACACGCGUGCCACGUGCUGCUCUACGCGCCGGACCCCGGAAAGCUGUUCGGCCGCAUCCCACUGCGUUAUGCAGUACUGAUGCAGAUGCGCUUUGAUGGGCGCCUGGGCUUCCCCGGAGGUUUCGUGCAGUUGCGGAAGGAAAGCCUGGAGGAUGGACUGAACCGCGAGCUGGUCGAGGAGCUGGGCGAGGGUGCGGCCGCCUUCCGAGUGGAGCGCGCAGACCACCGUCACUCGCGUGCCAUAUCCGGCCAGCACAUCGUGACCCACUUCUAUGUCAAGUGUCUGUCGCAGGAGCAGAUGACUGCAGUGGAGAUGGGCGCCCCGCAUGCCAAGGACCACGGGCUGGAGGUGCUGGGCCUGGUGCGGGUGCCCCUGUAUACCCUGCAUGACGGUGUGGGAGGCCUGCCUGCCUUCCUGGAGAAUACCUUUAUUGGAACUGCACGGGAGCAACUGCUAGAAACCCUCCAGGACUUGGGACUGCUGGAAUCUGGCUCUGUCUUCAAGCAUUAAGAUCUCAGCUUUUCACCAGAGGAGCCCCCCAAGGACCCAUGGGACCUGAGAUCAAGACCUUUGUACUGAGAGGGAGGGAGAAGAAAGGGAAUGUUUUCUAUGCUGGGCCUGGGCCUGAUAGGUGGUAACAGGUUAACUGAAGUAUGUACCAUAUGUUCUAAGCAGAGGGCCCCCAGCAACUUGUAGCAUUAGGGGCAAAAGUCUGCAGCUCAUCCCAAAGGCCCUGGCAAGUUCUCAGAGCCUGCCUCUACCCGAUACAUUUGCAUGGACAUAACCUGGCAGCCCUGACAUGUGAAUGUACAGUCUGUGCCCACACGCAAGCUGAUGCCUCCCUGACUCCCAAAGUUUAACCAGGAAGUGGCCUGUGUGGGGCCUAGGUUGUCCCAGUACCCAUCUCCUUGCUGGGGAGGAAUUUCUGAACCAGGGAAGGGGCUCUUCCCACACUCCUACAUGGUUGUUCUCCAGAGUCUAGCCCAGCCCAUGCUUGUUGGGGAGGACAGGGAAGCAAAGGUCCCUUUUUCCCCUCUGAAAGUGGCCUGGAGAUGGCCAAAGCAAUAUACUUCUGAAAGGUGGUGGAGGGUCCUAACAAGCCUCCUGCCCUCUUCUGAAACUGAGUAGAAGGGGUGAGGAAAUGGCUUGGUCCCCUUGGACUGACCUGGGACUUGAGAGUUCUGAGUCCUGAGUUCAGCAUCUCCUCCAGUGCUUUCAUCUUUGGGACCCCUUAGACUCUGGAGACAUCAGAAGGGAACUGACCCAGCCCUGGUCUAGCCCUGCUCUGACUAAAAGAGUCUCCCAGUAAAGAAGUGCUUAUAGCUGGGCUUCACGGCCCUUUGGUUCUUUCAACAAUCUGUAUGAGGUAUUGGAAAUCUACGGAUGAGAAGCCAUAGGCCUUGCUCUCUUUGAAGUCAGGAAGCUUUUGGGGGCCAAAUGGUAAAUAUUUUAGGCUUUAUUGGACUACGUGGUCUUUGUAGCAACUAUUCAGUUCUGCCACGUCAGAAGUAGUAAUGGACAAUACAUAUAUAAAUGAGUGUGGCUGUGUUCCAAUAAAACUAUUUUUAAAAGGA